AUGUUCAUGUCAAAUAUCGUUCAAAAAUAUGAUGAAAUAAAAAGCUGCACGAUGAACUUCUUUGCAGCCAGGUCAUAUUUACUUUGUUUUAUCUUGAUGUAUAGUUAUGGACAACUGUUACCUUUAACUUCGGACUUUAUCAAGCAAGGCUAUGUGUCCGAGAGCAUGGAUGAAGGUGUUUUUGCUGUACACAUCCUGGAAAUAAAAUCUCUUAUAGAGUGUGCAUUGCGUUGUGGCAUGAAUUUACUUUGUAACGCUGUGGACUUUUGCUUUCUUGAUGGUUUAUACACCUGCCGAUUCCGUUAUGGACAUGCUAACCUUACAAACAGCAUUACACAAUGUGAGGUUUAUGAAAUCACAGCUAGCAAAGACUGCCCGGAUGGAUUAUUCUUAAGAGCUCAAGGAAUAUGCAAAAUCAAUACUGAUGAGUGCAAGAAUGACCCAUGUCUUAACGGAGCCACAUGUACGAACACACCCGGCUCAUUCAACUGUACAUGUGAUGCCGGAUGGACCGGGAAAUUUUGUGAUGAAGAUAUCAAUGAAUGUCUUGACAAUCCUUGUCAAAACGGAGGAACAUGCAGCAACAGCGCUGGAUCUUUCACGUGUACAUGCGCUGGUGGAUUCACAGGGGCAGUCUGUAAUGAAGAUACUGAUGAGUGCCAGAAUGACCCAUGUCUUAACGGAGCCACAUGUACGAACACACCCGGCUCAUUCAACUGUACAUGUGACGCCGGAUGGACCGGGAUAGUUUGUGAUGAAGAUAUCAAUGAAUGUCUUGACAAUCCUUGUCAAAACGGAGGAACAUGCAGCAACAGCGAUGGAUCUUUCACGUGUACAUGCGCUGGUGGAUUCACAGGGGCACUCUGUAAUGAAGUUCUGCCGAACAUCGCAUUAGGUAAACCUGCCGCACAGUCAUCAACAUUAGAUGACUAUAACGCCGAGUAUGCAGUGGAUGGCACCAGAGGAACAGAUAUUUAUGUAGACAUGUGUGCAUUCACAGGGGAAGGCGACAGAAAUCCCUGGUGGAGUGUGGAUCUACUGGCUGUGUAUAACAUCACAUCUGUCAGAAUACUCAACAUAGAUGAUGGAGAUGUUUUGUCACUCUUGCUGCGUGAUGUUACCGUCACUGUAGGACUGACAGAAUCUGAUGUCAACACUCCUUGUGGUUUCUUUGCUGGCCCUGGUUAUGCGUCACAGCUGGUCGUCAUCGACUGUCGGACAUUACUACAGGGAAGAUUCGUUAAGAUCUCCAAGACAACUCAGUCUCUCAUUCUUUGUGAGGUUGACGUGUUUGGCGUCCCUGUCUAAUAUUCAUUAAAGCUGAUGACUAAGCUGAAAUGUUGCCGACUUCUGAUAUAUGUAUAUGUUUGCGCAUCCUGAGGAAUUGAUUAUCUGUUCUUAUUUAAUGUGACUUUUCAAAUCGCUUCAAGUUGAAAUUCUACAGCUGUUGCCCUAUUUAUACCUCUUUAUGUUUUUGCUUUUAAUGUUACAUGUCUGACUUAUUUAUAAUGCAACUUACAUUGGAUAUAACUGUGAAGCUUGUUAAUGUACCUUUAUAUUUAAUUCAACAUUUUUUAAAUAAAUUUGAUCAGUACCUAUUGGUUUUAUUUCUGUUUAAUUACUGUGGUGUCAAUAAAUUGCAUUU